GACGAUUUCGCAUUGAGAAGCUCGACAAACCUCACAUCGGCUCUGCGUUACGUUGGCGUGGACCCGAGCGAGGAGCAGCGAGAGGAGCUGAGAGCUCGACUGUGUGUCGAUGACAAAGGCUGUGUCAAAUACGGAGAAUUUGUCGCGAUGGUUAAAGAACUCUUCGAGAAGGAUUUCAACCUAAGUGCGUUGAACUUUUCCUCUCUGCUCAGUGAGUCAACGUUCUGCACGACAGCACAGGAUGCUGGUCAUCUAGCCGCAUCAUCAUCUCAGGUCGACGACACAGCAACGUCGCAGGGAUACGUGAGCCUGCUGCAUAACCAUGAGAGGGCGCUGCGCGACAUCGCCACGCUGAGGAAGGCUGUGAGGCAGCGGGACACGGCGUGCCUGCUAGCCGAGCAGGAGCUGCUCUGUGUCAGAUCUAAUGCACAGGAGGCGAUAGCAGAGACGCGAGCGCUGCGUGCACGAGUGCGGAUGUCCGAGGCUGCUGCCGCACAGGCCCGGCACGUCGAGACCGACUACGAUCAAGUCGUCUCCUUGCUGGAGAGCGAGCUUGCCAAGCUGGCAAGCCAGAAUCCAAAUCGCAAGCAGGCGGGGCAAAGAGACCAGCCGUUCACCGCGCCACCGUCCGAGCUGUCCGACAUCCUAGCCCUUCUGCAGAGAAAAGAAGAAAGCAAGAGCAACUACGCCGCUGCCCUAGAUAUACUACUGCAGUUUGUGUACGAGUUGCAAAAAGUGCUCAGCAGUCUAGGGGGAAGAAAUGGGACUGCGCUGAGGCCAAGCCAGGGUAUGCAGGAUGAGAAUAAGGGAGGUGAUGUGUCUCAAGCAAGCUUGGCGAGACACAGAAACGCUGUGAGCUUUCUCACCAUGCGAGCCAAAGAGACCCUCACACAGAUCCGAGCCAGCCUGAAGGAUGAAACACUGCCGCUUGUGUUUUCCGACAAGCCAUCCCUUGAUGUGUCCACUGCAAGUAGAAAGCAGACGACACUCAAUGCGUCUGUGACCCGGCCGUGUGUGCAGCUGUCGCCGGUCCUCGAGCUACAGGGCUCCAUUGCUGGCACGUCUGGCAUGAGUGUGUAGGCGGGAGCGAUGCUUGCUUCUAAUGACGCAUCAUCUGUAUGCAAAACGAAACGUCAUGGAAUCGGAAUCGCGUUUCUCGUUGGAGUUGGCCAUAAAUUGAAGUGAAAUAGUUCACUAUUGUCCUUGAACAGUGAACAGAGGCUACAUUCCUAUUAUACUGCCCUUCAUUAUUGAACGUGUCUAAAGGUAAGCCGUAAAAAGCAGUUUUUACUCCAUUCGUCUUCAACAGUUAAGUCAUGCUCGAAUUUAUAAAAGGAACAGUGAAAUAAUUUUGUUGUUUUAUAAAUUGUCUUACCACAUCGUCUGUGGUGAAAAUGUGGCAUAAAUCCAGCGUGUCGAAAAUCUCAAGCUAUCAUUUGCUACUUUGUGAAAGCUCAUAACUCAUUGCAAAUUAUUUGUGGCUGGGUUUAGUCAAGUCGGUGUCAAUUUUGCACUGAUAAUUAUUUGCUUUCUAGCCACGUGUCUUUUGUGCAAGAUCUCAGAAAUGCACAGAACGAGUCAUAACACAUGGUCUAUGAUAGCAGUCUGCUUGGUAGUUCUCAUUGAUACUUAUGCUACAAAGUAUUCAAACGAAGUUCUUUUAAUUAUGUCCAGGUGAAUCGUCCUGCUCUUCUUUUGCUGUAGAAUGGUAUUAUCUGGUUCAUUCUGUUAUAUUAUGAAGAUGCCAAUCUGAUAAAUUUUUUACAUUAUACCAUUUAUAUAUAGUGACGAUAUUGAGAUUUAUAUAUUACCAUGAUUACGUUGGUCUUCACAGUAUAUUUUUAGAAAAUCAUGCCUCGUACUUGUGUAGGAAACUGCGUUGUGUUUCUACAGAAUCGUGUAGUUAGUUAUAUGAUCUAGAUAUUAUUACCUAGUUUACUUUAAUUUGGUGGUUGUGUUUAUUAUAUAGAACUACAGUCCUUUUUCAUUCAGAUUUCUAUUUUCUGCAAUAUUUAUAAUCCACCAUUUCUUAUUUCUGUCAGCAAUUUGUAUUUGUGCAAUGGUAUUAGGAUAUAGAUCGUAACCUUGGUUAUUUACGGUGCUCGGUUAUUUAUCAAUGCUUCUAUGUGCUAUGGAAUGAUUUACGUACUAGUAUUACUCAUAUGAUCACAACCCAUCCAAAGAAAAAUGUACGACUCAUUUGGGAAAAUUCCCCUUCUAUUUUAUCUGUGCAUAUUUUUAUGUACUUUUACUUGAUUUUAAUUCCAUUUGUGAGCAAUAAAUGCCUGGUAAUUUUGUA